UCACGCUCCGAUGAACGUUUCAGAUGCUACAAUUGCAACUGUUCCGGCCACUAUGCCAAAGAUUGCAGAAAGACAAAGCGGGAAGCCGGAUCGUGCUACGCAUGUGGAGAGAAGGGCCACUAUGCAACAGACUGCAAGCAGUACAAGAGGGAGAAGAAUACUUUCAAUGUCUAGUUGAUUCAGGCAGCCCAGUUAGCUUAAUGAAAGAAGUUGUGGUACCGUCAGGAGUGAAUUUCGAUGAAGUAAAUGAUUCGUACUACGGUUUAAAUAAAUCAGUUUCGAAUAUACUUGGAAAAGUUAAAUGUAUCGUCAAAGUUUUGAAUAAAGACGUUUUAGUUGAAUUCUUAGUGGAUCCUAAUGGGUGUAUUGGUUAUUCGGUGCUACUGGGUAGAGAUUUUAUUGAGGCUAGUACAAGUAGAGGCAGCUAA